GACAAAAAUGCCUAGUCUGUAUUUCUUAUGGAGCUCUUAGUCCGUCUAAAUCUAACAAACCAAACAAAUUGCUCAAAAAAACUUAAUUACGAAAAUAAAAAACAAUUCCUAGGCGUACCACCAGCUUGCUUAUUGGCAGUGUUUACCCUCACAGGUGUCACUUUUGCUCUUGAUUUGUCGUUUUCGAAAACGUUUACGUUUAAUUCGCUUCAGAUGGCUGACCCCAAGUACGCGAAUUUGCCCGGCAUUGCUUAUGAUCAACCUGAUGUUUAUGAGACUGGCGAUUUGCCUGAGGCUGACCAGAACGAGGAUACUUUUGAGGAGGAGAACGAAUGUAUUGAGAGGCUGCACUUAAGUGCAUCUGAAUCGUUCCUCAAGUUCAAGGACAAGCAAUUGUCUGGGAGCGGUGUUGACUUUUCUGAUCGACUGAAGAAAGUUCCCAAUCGUGGCUAUGAUGCCAGAUCUGGCAUAUGGGAAUUGGUCGCUGAAGGAGAAAAAGAAACAUUAUUGCAGAAAUACCAACGCUUGCAAUGUGAAAUGAAAGAAUUUGUGGAAGAAGUAGCUGCAUUGAAGGAUGUGGCCAAAGGAGAAGAUAAAGGAGAUGCUGCUGGUUACAAAGCAUUGGCUUCAAACAUUGAGCGGGCUCAGAAACAGCUGUCUGAGUUCCGAUUGGAAGAAACUCUGGGACCAGAAUUGCUUUCUUCUCUGAAAGAUCCAGAAACAGCUCAGAUCAAAAAACUUUUUGCUCACUUUGAAACAUACAAGCAGAAAAGUGUCAAACCUUCAGACACAGCUACGAAACAGAAAGCCACUGCUCAACCAUCCACUGGCGAAGAUGGCUUGUUAUAUCAAUUGCGCUACCGCCCUGAACAAAGUCAACUCCAGCAAGCAUCCCGAGUAGCUGAGCUGGAGCAACGAUUAAACAAAUUGGAGAGUAUUCUUGGCACUUCAAAUGAAAACAUGGCUCGUUUGGGAUCUACUUUGCAAAAUCAAAGCAUCUCCUCAUUUGUGCAAAACUUAGAGAGUCGAAUUUCCCUUCUGGAUCAAGCACAAAUUGACAGUGUAGAUGCUAGAUUAUCUGGGUUGGUAACCAAAAUGGACAGCAUUGCUGAAAAAGUUAAUGGCCAGUCAGACCCAGAGAAAGAUGCCAAGGUUACUGAGCUGUAUGAGCUGGUCAAAAAGACUGAAGCUGUUUCAAGUGUGCUACCUCAAACUGUCAAGAGACUAACUGCUUUGGAAUCUCUCCAUCGUGAAGCAAGCAACUUCUCAUCAUCUCUAUCAAAACUGGAAGCGUUCCAGUUGAAAUUGGCUGCAAGUUUGCAAGGCAAUGAGAAGCUGCUACAGUCAGUUGAGAAAGGUUUUGCAGAAAAUGUUGAAACUAUCAAGAAGAAUAUGAGUGGACUUGACCAAAGGUUGGCUGUACUAUCUAAGAAGUAACAAGAAAAUUAAGAGAUGUAAUAAUUGCAAUGAACUGUAAACUAAAUUUUAUUAUUAUUAUUUAUCUCUUAGUGGUUGUUGUUACUUCAAGUAAAAUAGAAUUCUCUUGUACUGCUUAUUAUCGUGUUGUUUUAUAUUUUUAAUCAUGAAUAAUAUCAAUUUGCUUACUAUUUA